AUGGGGCACAGUACACUGCGGCCACUUGGUCGACCUGGACCUCUUAUUCCUCAAAAUCGGCAGACGGUGAAUGUUUACCUAGAACACUCCACUGUGCGUGGUGUGCCUGGUUUGCCCCCAUUGCCACAUUAUGUCGACCGCUCGAAAUCGACGGAAAGCCACUUCCUCCUCCAAAAGAGACAGCAACUCCAAGAACUCCGCUGCACGUCGAAAACCGCCUUUAGACCUCGAACCGGCCAACAACCCUUUGAUGAUCAUCGAUCGGCUGGUGAAAGAAACGAAAAAGCCAGCGUCGAAGAACUCUUUCACUCUCCAACAGCUAAAAAUCGGCUCGACCCGAAUCACGCCAAAAGAAGCCGCGAGGAGCUGCGCGUGAGCACCAAGAGCGGCUCAAGUGCAAGCGGAGCUCAAGAAGAUAACAUUGGCCUUGCCGGAUUGAAAAUAUCAACAAAGCCAAGAUGCACGCCUGUAACAGUGUUGUCGAGCUUGAAGAAAGAAAGAAUAUCUUGUACGUGUUCGGCAUGCGAAGAUCGGAAAGAAAAGAAAUCACGGCUUGGUUUCGACCGAGAAGAGCGAUUGCGCCAACUCGCCGAGCAGCAAAAAUACGCAGACCCAUUGAAAGAUGCGGAUUCUGCGUUUCUAGCACGUAUUCGCGAGCUCAAAUCGUACGACCUGGAUACGGCAAAACAAGAAGAUGCUAAGAAGCGUCGCAAAAACAAAAAAUAA